UGAGCGGGCGGGAUGCUGGACUUGUCUUCACCACACUGCCUGCCCGGCUCAGCGAUUUAUACCCACCCAGAGACGAACUCCAAUCCCCACAGACUGAUAAUGUCUCCAGAGAGUGUGCCCUGCACAGUUACGGACAAAGCUCAGAAAGACCGUUGAGAAGCCGUCCAAUCAGCUGUCAAGAAGACCCCGAGAUCAACAGACCCAGGGAUUAAUCCAAACUCAUAUAAACAGAAAUGACCAGAGGAGGAUCAGAAUACUUAUUUUCUGCUGCAAUCUCUCCAAUUCGAAGGGCGGCAAAAAAAGUUAAAGAAAAAGCUGCAGAAAACAAACACUCUUCAAUAUGCGUUUUCCGCAAUAACACAACCCGGACCUUCAAAUUGAGGCUCAGAAAGACCGUUGAGAAGCCGUCCAAUCAGCUGUCAAGAAGACCCCGAGAUCAACAGACCCAGGGAUUAAUCCAAACUCAUAUAAACAGGAACGCAUGCACUCCUAAAAUAUGGUGAGAAGAAUUGAGAGCAAAGUAAAGAAAGAGAAAAAAAAAAAAGGAAGAGAGACAGAAAGAAAGGAGAGACCCCAGGAGAAAAAUCCCAAUGAUCAGAACGGACUUUAGAGCUGACUUUCCUUAGACUCUGCAUAUCAUCUGCAUUCUCGGAAGAAGCGCGAUAUACCGUGCGAAACGGCCGUAGCCGCCAUUCAUCUGCAGGAGCCUGUCCGCCCCAGAACCCCACCUGUUUGUCCUAUAUGAAGGAUUGAAUAAAGAGCAACACUUUUGAACGCUUCGGUUUUCAGGAGAGCUCAUGGAUCCAAUUUCAAAGUGACAAUGAGUAAUUUGACCCAGUGGCUCCACCAAAGCCCCAUCCUCUUACCUGGAGAGGGAUAAAAGCAGGAGCAUUGCAGCAGGUGAAAAUGUCCGAACAGAGGCAACGUUCUUUGUCCACAUCUGGAGAGGCUUUAUAUCAAAUUCUUGGCUUAGAGAAAGGGGCAAAUCAUGAUGAAAUCAAGAAAUCUUACAGAAAACUGGCUCUCAGGCAUCAUCCAGACAAAAAUCCUGACAAUCCCCAGGCAGCUGAAACAUUUAAAGAGAUUAACAAUGCUCACUCCAUACUAUCUGACAUAUCUAAGAGGAAUAUUUAUGACAAGUAUGGUUCCCUCGGAUUGUACGUUGCCGAACAGUUUGGAGAAGAAAAUGUUAACACGUAUUUCAUGCUGUCUAGUUGGUGGGCAAAGGGGUUGUUCGCUAUUUGUGGACUUCUGACUGGAUGUUACUUUUGUUGCUGUCUCUGCUGUUGCUGCAAUUGUUGCUUUGGAAAAUGUAAACCGAAAUCAUCAGCGGAAGAAGAUUAUGAGUACUAUGUGUCACCCGAGGACCUGGAAGAACAGAUCAAAACAGACAUGGAAGCAGAUGGCCAUACUUCUAUCGUAAUGCAACCAACAAAUGCAAAUGAGAAAACUCAGCUGAUCGGAGAUAGUCGCCGUACCUACCAAACGGAUUCCUAAAAAUGAAAGCAGGACCACGGUUAUCUCACUACCACAAGUUAUAUAUUAAUAAAGUUCUAUGCGGACAGUUACAUCGUUCUAGACGCACAUGAGCAUAUGCAUCACUGCUGGAUUUCUUCUAGAAAGGUCUCUUGAAAAAUAAACACUCUACAUGUACCAUCAAAAUGAAUUGUCUUCAGGAUAUUUUUGUAGGGCGGUCUAAAAAUAAA